AUGUUGCAACGCAUAAUAAAUGUAUUUGCAGGUCAUGGUAAUCCAAUGUCCACCAACUUCAAACUGUUAGCAGCUGCCCACAGGUGGAAGACAACAAAUAGCAAAAUUGACUAUUCUCGGUAUCCUAAAUUGAAUGAGAACGAUUUAGAGGAAAAUUUUAUGCGCGGCAGUGGGCCAGGUGGACAAUCAGUAAACAAAACUUCAAACUGCGUAUUCUUACGUCAUAUUCCUACAAACAUUAUCAUUAAAUGUCAUACUCAUCGUUUGGCUUCCAAAAAUCGCGUAGAAGCAAGAAAACUUCUACUAGAGAAACUGGAUGCACAUUUUAAUGGUGAAAAUGCAGUAGCAUCACAACUAAAGGCACUUGAGUUGAAAAAGUCAACUGAACGCAAGCGUCGCCAAAAGAAAUUAAAUGAAAUGAAGAAGAAUUGGAAGGAGCGUGAACAAGAAGCACUCGGUGACAGUGAUAGCAAUGCAGAGCCGAAAUAAUUAUGUUAAUCUUAGGUAGAAAUAAAAUUGUCCUCGUUUUUGCAAAUUUUAA